AAAAUCUUCCACCAUUUCCCUCCAUCCCACAUUCUACAACCUGAAAAGAAAAAUGUCUAUUCGAACAAACUCCAUGAAAGCAGUGCCUUCAUUGCAGAGGCGCAUAGCAACCAUUAGAGCCACAGAGAAGGAUGAAUCCAUCAAUGCAAAGUUGGAAACCUUGAAAUCCGAACUGAACAACAUCAGGGACCUUUUCUCCACAGUCAAGAAAAACCAAGAUGAACUCCUCGACACUCUAACACUCCUCGACACCCUUCUUCGCGCAUUAGGCACCAAAAACUUCAUCCACAUCGCAAACCGCAUUCUGCAAUACCCACAUGAUCAAAAAGAUCAAAAGUUUCACAACCCAGAUGAGAAACAAGAUCAAAACAAGAAAAAAAUGGAAAGUUUGGAGAAAAGGGUUGAGUUGAUGGAUCAAGCGUUGGACGGAAUUUGCAAGAGCAUCAAGGAUUCAGCGGAGAAGCUAAAGCCAGGUGUUUGUGGUGGUGGUGGUGGUGGUGGUGCUAGUCAAAGCAGACAAGAAUCAGGUGGUGGAAGAGUGAACUCGACGCUGCAUGUGAGCCAAAUCAUGAACAAUGAGUUGGUGGGUCCAGUUUUGAAAAGGAUUCAGGUGAGUUAUGACAACCUUAAUCUUCGUUCAAAGGUUUGCUUGUUGUGUCUCACGGUUUUCCCUGAGAAUGUUGUCAUGAAGAAAAGGCACACGAUUUAUUGGUGGAUUGGAGAGGGCUUUGUGAGGAAAACAGGGGAGAAAACAGCAGAGGAAGCUGGUGAGGAUGUGUUUGAUGAGCUUCUGAGUUGUCAUUUGAUUGCUCCUCAUGGUAAUGGCAAGUGUCCUAUUGUGAAUAAGUUCAAAUUGAACCCUUGGAUCCGUCACAUGUUGUUGUCUUCAGUGUUGGGUGAAAAUGACCACCACCUCUUUGGUUUUUAUUCUCAACUAGUAGCCUCUUCUAGUUCUGAUCAAAAUCAACAUGCUUGUUUAGUGCUUGACCAACAAAAAGUUAGAAUAAGUGAUGCUGAUGAUUUGGGAGCUGAGAGUUUGAAAACUAUUUUCAAUGUUGGUGGGAGUUAUCUGAAUUUUGGAUCCAAGUGGAUGGAGAAAGCAAAGAAGCUCGUGGUGCUUCAGCUUGGUCGUUGGCAGGAUUCGCCUUCACACCACAUUGAAGUGGAGAGCGGCGAGUUUCUGAAGGACAUGAAGGCUCAGAAGCAUUUGAAGUAUUUGAGCCUUCGUGGGAUAUCAAGGAUUUCCAACCUGCCAAGCUCCGUUGUUCAAGAGCUUGUCAGCUUGGAAAUCCUCGAUCUCAAGGCAUGUCACAAUCUUGAGACAUUGCCUGAUGACAUUGCAUCGUUGAGAAGGCUAACACAUUUGGAUGUUUCCCAGUGUUACUUGCUGGAGAGCAUGCCAAAGGGUAUUGAGAAGCUCACCGAGCUUCAAGUCCUCAAGGGGUUUGUGAUAGGGAGUUCCAGCAAAACUCCUUGCAGGAUAUCAGAUCUAGCGAAAUUGAAGAAGCUAACAAGGCUCAGCAUUCAUAUAGGAAGUGAGGCUGUGAUCCAGGACAAGGAGUUUGAGAGCUUGAAGGACUUGUCACAAGUCAAGCGUCUCAAGAUAUCAUGGGCUGUGUCUGGUAAUCAAGAUUUUAGUAUCAUUUUCCCGGAAAAGUUGGAAAAGCUGGACAUUGAAGGCUUUCCUGGACAGAAAAUUCCAGGGUGGUUGAGGCCUGGAAACUUGCCUGAGGGAUUGAAGAAGCUGUAUAUAAAGGGAGGGCAGCUCACAAGCUUGGAUCAUGGUGAAACAGGUAUCAAAUGGUUUGUGCAGAUAGUGCGUCUCAGGUACCUAAAAUAUCUGAAAUCUGACCCGGAUUUGAAUAAAUUGUUUCCUUCACUGAAGUAUGCAGAGAAAAAACAAGUGCUGAACCUUUCUUCUGAAUAUAGCAUUGAAGAUAUAUGGGGAUGAAAGUAUUCAUAACAUAAGCGAUAAUUGAUGGAACAAAUAGAACCCAAGACAGAAAUAUGGUUAAUUAUUGAUACUCUAAAUUGAUCCAAUGUUGUAUCUACAUGCAUUACUGUUAUAGUGAGAUAAUUGGGUGUCCUUUCUCAUUAAUCUGAUAAGGUAUAUAUACAAAACUAUGUCAAAACAUUCCUAAUAUAUUUAGCAUAAUUACAGGAAUGAAUGUAGCCUAAUUACAAAGACUAAAUAAGAAUAAUACAUAUUCAUAUUCUAUCACACCCCCGCAGUCGAAGCGGGAGGUUCACUGACGCUGAGACUGGUCCGAAAAUCAUCAAAAAGAACUCGAGGGAGGCCUUUGGUGAAGAUAUCCGCAAUCUGGUGGCGAGAAGGAACAUGAAGAAUGCGCGCCUGACCACGAGCGACCUUCUCCCGAACAAAGUGAAUGUCCAUCUCAAUGUGUUUAGUGCGUUGAUGCUGGACAGGAUUGCCGGAUAGGUAUAUAGCACUAACAUUAUCACAAUAGACCAAAGUAGCCUGAGGCUGAGUACCGCGGUGUUGCUAAUGUGGAAUAUGAAUAUGUAUUAUUCUAUCAAUUACUAUCUAUCUUCUAAACUUGUACCUUCAUAAUGAGAAAAGUAAAUUAAAUUAUGUCCGUAAAUAAGAGUUAGUUCAAUGUAAUAAGGAGGUCUAAUCUGCUCCAAAACUUUAAAACGCCUAAUCGAAGCAACAGACAAGCAAUACACAGAACUUGUAUAUGAUCUCACAUCUAUCUAUCUAUCUAUCUAUCUAUCUAUUAUAAUAUAGGAAUUGUGAAGCGCGCAAUAUAGCGUCGCCACAUCAUCACGGUGUUAUUCCCCAAAUCUUCCACAUAAGCUCCUAAUCUGACAUGGCACCUCAACCAUUUUCUUUGCAUUUCCUACACCUGCUUCUUUCUUCUCAAAGCUUUGUAAUAGAUCCUUGGCACCUCAAUCACUUUGCAUUUUCUAUAUGACCUUCAAUCUUCUGGACAACUUUAUAACAGACACACCAAUGGAACAUGUAUAAUGAUCAAGUAUAGGUAUGAUCAAAUUCUGUCGGCUACUCGCAGCAAAAUUCUGUGCAUACUUUCUAUGACCCUUCCAAUUCCUGAUCCCAAAAGACCUAUCCUUCUUUUACCACAAGAACCAUACAUUAAAAUACAUGAUCGCACGGUCGAUAAA